UGUAUUAGAUAUGCAAACUGGCCAGCUUCUUUUCGUCUAGCGCGAGUAGUGUUCGUGAGAUUCGCCCGAAGCCAGUCUGCUUGUCCAGAGCACACAUUUUGCGAGAUUAUUAAUACCUAAUUUCACAUUUCCCAUACGAUACCAUUCAUUUACCGGUUUUAUCGUUAAUUGCAUGUUACUGCCCACGUUAUCCAUACCGAUUCUGGAACGGAAGCUUUUCGCUUUCUUUUAUCUCAGCAUGCGAAUUGAAAAGUUGAAAUUUUGUCUGGAAUUAUUUAACGGACAUGUGGUGUAGAUUUGUAUUCGCCAUGCGAGAUUCGUUUUUUCAGCAUCGGAACUUUUUGCCUGUUAUCUUCGAUGCCUUGUGUACGCCAAUUUAUAAGUUAUCGCUAUCCGGGAUUCUACUUCUCUUUCUGGCAUGCUCCAUCAAGGUAGCGGAGGCGUCAGGACAAGUACAGCUGGAAAUCCUAUCGGUGAAAAACAUCCACAGUGAUCCGACCGGCAGUGUAUGCUGUACACGAGGAAGUGCGACUGGCCAGAGUCAGACAGCCGCACAGCGGUCAGCGCCGGGCCAGGACGCCGCGGCACUUCCUGUUGCAGGGAAACCAGCGGUUCCCAGUGGCGGCGGAUCUACUCAGAACUCUAGUCACGAUCAGGCGGCAUCAUCAUCAUGUUUUGGCAUCUGUCGGCCUUAUUUUCGGCUGUGUUUUAAGCAAUAUCAGCAGUCAGUAUCGCUGGAUGAUGACUGUACAUACGGACAGGGAUUUAGUCCACUGCUCACCUUGCCUUACAUCAGUCCCAGUAAUGCCCAUGUGGGAUCAUUAGCCAGUUGGGCGCCGCCCUCACCUGUCACUUUUCUCAACAACAACUCAUUCGUUGCCAUCAAUCUGCCCUUCGAUUUUGCAUGGAAGAAAAGUUACACUUUGAUACUGGAUUUACUGAAUGCCCAAGACGAGUCUCCAGAUUCUUCCGAUAUAUCGUUGGAAAGAGCUGUUCAGUCGGAAGAAAUUGGACCAAGGGAUGACUGGAGAGUUUUUGUCCAUUCCGGGAAAAAGGCUGUAAUUCGAUAUCGACUGCGGAUUGUGUGUGAUGAGUUCUACGGCAGCGAAACCUGUAACACUUUUUGCAAAGCGAGGAACGAUUUUUUUGGUCAUUGGUUCUGUUCACCCGACGCGGAAAAAGUCUGUCUGGACGGAUGGACGGGAUCGAACUGUGAUAAAGCCAUCUGCGCGCCGGGAUGCCAAAAUGGGGUUUGCUCUGUGCCGGGCGAAUGCAGGUGUCGGAAUGGAUGGAAAGGAGAAAAAUGCGAUCAGUGUGUACCGCAUCCGGCCUGCAAACACGGAACCUGCACCGAUAAGCCCGGAGAAUGCGUAUGCGACAAGGACUGGGGUGGCCCAAUGUGUGACCACGAUUUGAACUACUGCGCCAAACACAAACCAUGCUUCAAUCAUGCGAUCUGCUACAAUGUUGAUGACGGUAAACAAGCGUAUGAAUGUCGCUGUCCGGAAGGAUUUGGUGGUCUGGACUGUAGCCAGACGACAGAACCCUGCGUUCAGAAUCCGUGCAGACAUGGAGAAUGCUACGCUAACAACGGAACGGCACAAUGCCGAUGCGAUGUUGGUUGGGUGGGAGAUCUCUGUGAAUUGGUCAAAGACGCUGUCGAUAACGAUGAGUGCGUUAGCAACCCGUGUGCCAAUGGGGCAACCUGUAAGAAUGAAAUUGGAUAUUACCGAUGUAUUUGUCCGGAUGGGUUUUCGGGAGAGCAGUGCCAGAAUAAAGUCAAAAGAGUUUUAGUGACUCCUACGGCGAUGGUCUUUACAACGCCGGUUCCGGUGCUGCCAGAAAAUACGACUCAAUCGGCGUUGGUUCCUCAUGCUAUUAGUGAUGCCUCUGUGGAGCAGUUACCUACCAAAUUAGCUCAUGUGGACAGCACGAUAGCGUUGACCGCGAUCGUUUCGGUCAUCCUGGUUUUGGUCAUACUGGUUCUGGUUCUCGUCGCUCUGGUAUUCUACCAUCGCCGUCAGCGCAGUCGUCGUUACGACGAUAGCGCUUUUAUCUCGGAAAAAUACUCACUUCCGUCCAACAAUCGUCAGGUGACCAAAGACCUGUUGAGUAAAGACCAGGCAGACCUUUUAGCGCAACGGAAUAAUCAGGACAACGAAGUGCGCUUGAAAAUUCUGAAUAAUGUUCUCAAAGAAACCAAAAUUCCCAUGGAAGAUGAAAUGUCGAAUAAGAGUGAUGAUUUGAAAGCGGGCAUGUUGUACCCCAGAACACCGGAUCCCGGCAUUGCGCGAUAUAUCUGCGGUGAUCCGUCCACGAGUUAUCCCGUCUACGCUUACGAUAACCACAAUAAUAAUCGACCAGAAAUGCAGAGCAAUAAGAAUACCAAAAAUUCUUUUAUGGAAAGUCUAAGAGCGGCCAGGAAUAAGGAUAACAAUGGUUCCGUGGGCAUGGAAUACUUUUCCGCACCGCUGAGCGACGGUAAAGUACCUGUGGAAGAUUUCACUGUGGUCUGAUGACAAGAAUUUCCGUUUCCGGAUCUACUCAGUCCCGUGUGUGUGUACCAUUGGAGAAACGAGGUUCCUGUGCACAAAGUAGAGUUUACGAUGUUUGUACCUCCCCGCCAAAGUUAUUUCACUUGUUUCCUGCUUGUUUUUACUCAAAUCAGUCCACUUACCUCGGUUGCCGGCAAGGUGUUUGACUGUUGGAGAAAUGGACGUUGCUUGUGAAAUUCGUUACCCUGCAGCAAGAUCACGUUGGUCCUUGUAAAUUAAAAUUUAUUCGUUUGGUUUUAAUGUUCGGUUUCUGUGCAAGUGAUUUCAUAGGAUUUCUCGCAUUUCUCACGAUUUUAACCCGGAUUGUUUGAUACUUCUGUGCAGCUAGAAUUUUCUCUUGCCGUUUUAAAGCAAUGUUGUUUGUCCUGUUUCGUUUUAAAUGGUCUCAGUAGAUUGUUGUUCCGACGUUUCCGGAAACGAUGGUUGAACUGCGCGGUGACUGUUUUCACUUUGCGCACUUCGUAAUUCUAGGCUGCAUUGUGAUUUUUUAUUCUAAGACUUAUUUUCAUUAACAACCUAACUUCAGUAUGUUACUGCUGAUACAAAAUCGUAUGUUCAAUAAAUUGUA